GUGGUUGGACCAGAACGUUCGUUCAGAGCCCAUUCUUACCACGGAAGACAUUUUCGUGCGGACUCUGAAUCAGCCGCUGCAUUUCAAGGGAAGUGGGAGCCAAGAUGGCAACUACAAAGGUUCCCGAGGUUCGCGACACCACCAGGAUUGAGAGAAUUGGAGCCCAUUCACAUAUCCGUGGUCUUGGACUGGAUGAUGCCUUGGAACCCCGACAGGUUUCACAGGGGAUGGUUGGUCAACUGGCAUCAAGAAGGGCUGCUGGGCUCAUUUUGGAAAUGAUCAAAGAUGGCCACAUCGCAGGUCGUGCUGUUCUCAUCGCUGGGCAACCUGGCACAGGAAAGACAGCUAUAGCUAUGGGUAUUGCCCAGUCUCUUGGACAAGAUACACCCUUCACUGCACUGGCUGGGAGUGAGAUCUUUUCCCUUGAGAUGAGCAAGACAGAAGCUCUAACCCAGGCCUUCCGGAAAGCCAUCGGCGUCAGGAUUAAGGAAGAGACUGAAAUCAUUGAGGGAGAGGUGGUGGAGAUCCAGAUCGACAGACCAGCCACCGGAACUGGAGCCAAAGCUGGCAAGCUGACCCUGAAGACUACAGAGAUGGAAACUAUCUAUGACCUGGGCAGCAAAAUGAUUGAAAGCCUGACCAAGGAGCGUGUCCAGGCUGGAGAUGUCAUCACCAUCGAUAAAGCCACUGGGAAGAUCAGUAAAUUGGGACGCUCCUUCACAAGAGCUCGAGAUUAUGAUGCCAUGGGUGCUCAGACGCAGUUUGUCCAGUGUCCAGAAGGGGAGCUCCAGAAGCGUAAGGAGGUCGUUCACACGGUGUCCCUUCACGAGAUCGAUGUCAUUAACAGCCGCACACAGGGCUUCCUGGCUCUCUUCUCAGGUGACACUGGAGAGAUCAAGUCGGAGGUUCGAGAGCAGAUCAAUGCUAAAGUGUCUGAAUGGAGAGAAGAGGGCAAAGCUGAAAUCAUUCCUGGGGUACUCUUCGUUGAUGAGGUUCACAUGCUUGACAUGGAGUGCUUCUCCUUCCUGAACCGUGCCCUUGAAAACGACCUCUCGCCAGUGCUCAUCAUGGCCACUAACAGAGGCAUCACUCGCAUUCGUGGAACCAACUACCAGAGCCCACAUGGAAUCCCCAUUGAUUUGCUCGAUCGAUUGCUGAUCAUUGCCACCUCUCCCUACACAGAGAAAGAGACCAGGCAAAUUCUUAAGAUCAGGUGUGAGGAGGAGGAUGUGGAGCUGAGUGAGGAGGCACACACCGUCCUGACACGCAUUGGAAUGGAAACCUCUCUUCGUUACUCCAUCCAACUUAUCAGCACUGCUGGCCUGGUUUGUCGCAAGCGUAAGGGCACAGAGGUGCAAGUGGAAGACAUCAAACGGGUGUACUCGCUCUUCCUGGACGAAGCACGCUCGUCACAGUAUAUGAAAGAAUACCAAGACUCCUUCCUUUUCAAUGAAGCACAAGCUCCUCAGAUGGAUACCUCAUAAUAGUUCUCAUACAAGAUGCCUUUUUUGUACUAUGUUCUGCAAUGUGAUCUCAUUUUCCAAUGGACUUCAAACCUUCCCCAUUUGUUCCAACCCUGAGAGGACUUACCUCUCUGGGCUACUGAAUAUCUCAACACAACAGUCAACAUGACAGCUUUCAUCCAGAUUGGGUGUGGGAUCUAAGCGCAUCCCUUUCUGGACAGCUUUGAUUGGUGUGAGUUGAGACAUCUACGUUUACGUAGUGGUUACACAACAUUUAUUGAUGUUUUUAAAUGAAAACAAAUGACACUGUUGAAGAAUAAAAGUCUGCUCUGAGCAGCAAACCUUUUCUAACAA